GCGAGUUACGCGCAGAAAGGUUGCGUCUGCGUGUUUGCAUGUAGUCUGCUAGGCGUCACAUAAACAUUGUUAUUAGUCUAGGAAUUGCAUAUUUGCUAACUAUCAUGAAAGGAGAUGCGCCCAAGUUGAGGUUUGUGUUCUCAUGCUUUGUGGUCAAUCCAGCCGCCGUUCCACUGAGCAGCUGGGAAGGCGCUUCGAGACGAUGAUUGUUCCAAACAUCUCACUGUAGUAUGUGAUUCUUCAAUCAAUGUAUAGCGUAUACCAUGUCCUCAACCAUCAUGGAAGACACCUUAUACCUCUUAAAUUCAAUUCUGUUAGGUGAAGAUCCUACAGUGGAAGACUUCAUACUUCUUGUGGGAACUUGUGUGGCAUUUGUUGCCUUUGUUUUGUGGUGCUGUUUUCCAGUGGCACCCAAGGACCCUCCUCCGGGUUAUAGAAGACCUGAACCCGCCUAUUUUUAAGUGGGCGUUUAAUCGUUAGAAGUUACUGUUUGGGAAAGACGGAAUAACAAUUUACAAGAACCUUCACCCUUUCUGUAAACAUUUAUUCCAUUGGAAAAAUAUUUUGCUUUAGGAACUAUGCUGUUAUUUUUGCUGGAGGUAAACUGUCCGAUUCAUGGAAAAGCUGUGAGAUGAAUUACUUUGAAAUUCCUCUCUCAAUACCUUGGUUGGUGGUAAUGUUUUUUUCUUUGAGUAUCACCUUUGACGAUUUGCAACCUCCAUAACAUAUGUUGUCUUUCUGGUAUUUUACAGGUUUUUUGUUUUAGAUCUUAGAAAAAUACUUUUGAUGUACAGUCUAAUUUUGUAUGCAAUUAAUCCUGUUUUGAUUGCCCUCUGACAUAUUUUCCUGUACACUUAACUUGACUUAAAAUAUCUUUCAUAUCAUUCAAGCUACAUGAAUGUUGAAUGACCUUACUUCUCAUGCCUUUAUUGUGCAUCCUCUUUUUAACUUGUAUUGCUGUAACUGAUUCCACUUUGGAGGUUGUGAAAUACUUGCAUAAUCAACAAUAAUGUCAAUAUAUAUUUUUAUUUUUUUUUGCCAGAAAAAUGUUGCACUGGCAAACAAUAAUUUUUGGUGUGCCAAUUUAGCAAUUGUCUUGUCAGUUUGCUUGACGAAACAGAAAUGUGAAACCUGGAUGAAACGGCUGCAACAAGCCUUGUGAUGAGGCAAGGCAAGAGAAGCCAUUAGGUUUAGAUUUUCUCGUUUAAGGUGAGAAUAAUUUCUGUAUUAUAGUAGAACGAUUGAUUGUUUUGUCUUCAUUGUCAGCUGUGAUUUUACCGUAAAAUUUUAUCAACUACUGGAAGGUUUGCCUAACAAUUUAUCUAGUCAAAGCGACUGAAUAUUUUCCAUUAAGCUACAAGUUCUUUAUGUUAUCUCAUUUCAUACAUAAGAAAAGAAUUAGCAACUAUUUAUAAAUGAUUGAUUACUUAAUUUUAGUUAUCAUAUUUCUGUUAUGAUGUUAUGUGUUACAAAACUUACCUAUAAGAUUUUUUUUAAUGAUCACAUGAUUUAACUGCAUCUAUUGUGGUGAAGAAAUAUACACUGCUUUCUCAUUUAACAAGCAA